AUGCAUCUUGAUGGAAGUCGACAUGCUGUGGAGUUGCACUUGCACGUUGAUGGCAGUUUUCGUCCAUCAACAAUGUUUCAGAUUGCCAAGCAUCGAGGACUCCUUCUUCCGGCUAAAAGUUCGGAGGAAUUCUCAAAUUUUUUAAAAAUCCAUGAACGUGGAAAUCUACCUGAACUGCUCUCGAAGUUUGAUUGUAUAACACCUAUAGUCGCAGGAGAUGAGGAGGCUAUUUCGCAAUGCAUGACGGACUUUCUUGAAGAUUGUGUGAAGAAAAGUCACCUUUGCUACGUCGAAGCCCGUCUGGCACCGCAUUUACUCGUCGGCGGUGGGUGUUCUGUCGAACAGGUGGUGAAGACAGUCCUGGAAGCAAUGCUCAGCGCAGCCACUCGCUUCAACAUCGAAAGCCGCCUGAUUCUGACGAUGCUGCGUCACCAACCUCAGUACGCAUCAGAGGUCAUUUCACUCGCCAAGGCCUUCCAACCUCAUGGAGUCUGUGCCAUCGAUCUAGCUGGUGAUGAUACUCCCUGCGACGGAACCAACACAGAUCUUGCGGUCAAGGAGGCUUUUCGAGAGGCCUAUUUGAGCGGUGUCCACCGCACUGUUCACGCCGGAGUUGACGGCCCGUCCGCGUCGGUUCGUGAGGCCAUUUACGACAUGUUUGCUGAACGCAUUGGUCAUGGCUACCAUGUUAUCGAUGACCCCGCACUCUACAUGGACGUUCUCGAGAAAAAUAUCCACUUCGAGAUGUGUCCGUUGUCGGGUUGGCUGUCCGGCUCAGUUCCCGAAUCGUGGAGAAGCCAUCCGAUUAUUCAGUUCUUCGGUGACCAGGGGAACGUCUCGAUCAACACCGACGAUCCCACGCUGACGGGUCAGUGGCGUCAGCAGGAAAUCGCCAUGUGCCUAACCGACCUCGGAUUAACAUCUACGCAGAUUGAAAGGGCCAACAUCAACGCUGCACAGGCUGCUUUUCUCGCCGAUGUGGAAAAAGAGGAACUUCUAGGCCACAUUGCCAAGGCCUUAGGAUUUCGAACUAUCCGUGAUUAG